GAGAGAGAGAGAGAGAGAGAGAGAGAGAGAGAGAGAGAGAGAGAGAGAGAGAGAGAGAGAGAGAGAGAGAGAGAGAGAGAGAGAGAGAGAGAGAGAGAGAGAGAGAGAGAGAGAGAGAGAGAGAGAGAGAGAGAGAGAGAGAGAGAGAGAGAGAGAGAGAGAGAGAGAGAGAGAGAGAGAGAGAGAGAGAGAGAGAGAGAGAGAGAGAGAGAGAGAGAGAGAGAGAGAGAGAGAGAGAGAGAGAGAGAGAGAGAGAGAGAGAGAGAGAGAGAGAGAGAGAGAGAGAGAGAGAGAGAGAGAGAGAGAGAGAGAGAGAGAGAGAGAGAGAGAGAGAGAGAGAGAGAGAGAGAGAGAGAGAGAGAGAGAGAGAGAGAGAGAGAGAGAGAGAGAGAGAGAGAGAGAGAGAGAGAGAGAGAGAGAGAGAGAGAGAGAGAGAGAGAGAGAGAGAGAGAGAGAGAGAGAGAGAGAGAGAGAGAGAGAGAGAGAGAGAGAGAGAGAGAGAGAGAGAGAGAGAGAGAGAGAGAGAGAGAGAGAGAGAGAGAGAGAGAGACAGGACAACACAGACGAAUAGAGAGAGAGAGAGAGAGAGAGAGAGAGAGAGAGAGAGAGAGAGAGAGAGAGAGAGAGAGAGAGAGAGAGAGAGAGAGAGAGAGAGAGAGAGAGAGAGAGAGAGAGAGAGAGAGAGAGAGAGAGAGAGAGAGAGAGAGAGAGAGAGAGAGAGAGAGAGAGAGAGAGAGAGAGAGAGAGAGAGAGAGAGAAGAGAGAGAGAGAGGAAGAGAGAAAAAGCGAGAGCGAGAGCGAGAGAGAGAGAGAGAGAGAGAGAGAGAGAGAGAGAGAGAGAGAGAGAGACAAGAUAGAGAUAGAGAGAGAGAGAGAGAGAGAGAGAGAGAGAGAGAGAGAGAGAGAGAGAGAGAGAGAGAGAGAGAGAGAGAGAGAGAGAGAGAGAGAUGUUUACCCGGGGCCAAGGACACCCCGCUUACCUUGGCCACCUCUGAGUGUGCGUGGCCUGAACUUGUGAGUUACUCAUUGAAGGACCUGUGCUAG